UACUCCCAAAGAUCAUCAAUAGUGCUAGGACAAAGAGAGUACCAGGUAAUACGGAGUACAAUUUAACUUGAUGCCAAGAACAAGGGCAGGUGGAGAUUGACGACAGCGUAUUAAUUGCCCCUAUGCAACAAUUGUCGCGAUCUUCCUGCAGCAGCCACACCUGUGAGAAAGACCUGUGCUUUGAGCUCCUGUCUGCGAAUUAGGACUAGAACCGGUAGAUCCAUGUGGACGCAGAACCCGCUUCUUCGAGACGCCGGCGCCGCCGUGCUCACUGGAGGCGCCGCGAUGGCGGUGCUCCGCUUCUGGGAGCAGGUCGGCAACCGCGCGCUCUUAGACCAGAAACUCUGCAGGAAGCUGGUGCACAUAAGUGUUGGGCUGGUAUAUUUCCUUAUGUGGCCUUUGUUCAGUGCAGAUGAUGCCUAUGCUCCAUUUCUGGCCUCACUUGCCAUUGCACUCAACAUCGUAAGGGUGACCUUGAUUGGACUUGGUGUAGUAAAAGAUGACGGUGUAGUUAACUCAAUGACAAGACAUGGAGACUAUAGAGAGCUUCUUAGAGGCCCGCUGUACUACGCAUGUGCUAUAACUCUCACUACUGUGAUAUUCUGGAGGAACUCUCCCAUUUCAAUUGCUGUGAUUUGCAAUUUGUGUGCUGGGGACGGCGCAGCAGACAUAGCCGGAAGGCGAUUGGGGAACAUUAAGCUCCCUUACAACCCUUCCAAAUCUUAUGCGGGAACCAUCGCAAUGUUCUUCUCUGGCUUCAUCGCAUCGAUCCUGUACAUGUGUUACUUCCAUCUAUUCGGUUUCGUGGAGGAGAGCUGUUCUAUGGCCGCUGCCUUUGGCGUCACAUCCCUCGCUGCCGCGAUUGUCGAGUCAUUCCCAGUCAGCAUGCGCCUCGAUGACAACCUGACUGUUCCGAUCACCUCUGUGCUCGUCGGUGGCUUGGUUUUCUACUAUGCUGGUGGUGGUGGUACCGGGAACGGCGAUAGAAGCAGCAUCUCUGCAGUUGCUGCGAUGGUCUUUGCAGGCAGUAGGUAGUACAAUAAGAAGACACUGCAGGGGAUGGCAAUUGCUGAGAUGAUUUCUGCAGGCUGUUUAUGGAGUCUUGGUUCAAAUGUUCGAUCCGGGUUGUGUUUAUUCAACAGUGCUCUGAAUUAAAUCGUGUACCGGUAUCAUUUGUGAUGUAA